AUGCCUACAUUAGACCAAUCAUACGUCACAAAAGGAAGUUGGAGACCAGACCUUUUCAAAGGUAAAGUUGCCUUUGUUACUGGAGGUGCAGGUUCCAUCUGUAAAGUUCAAACCGAAGCAUUGAUCUUGUUGGGUGCCAAUGCAGCUAUUGUUGGUAGAAACAAGGAAAAGACUGAUGCUGCCGCCAAGGAAUUGGAGGGAUUAAGGCCAGGUGCUAAAGUUGUAUCCUUGUCAAACAUUGAUGUCAGAGAUGUCAAGCAAUUGACCGAGGCCGCAAACAAAGCAGUCCAAGAAUUGGGCAGAAUCGAUUUCGUUAUUGCUGGUGCCGCCGGUAACUUUUUGUCAGACUUCACACAUUUGUCAUCGAAUGCUUUCUCCUCGGUUGUCAACAUUGAUUUGAUUGGUUCAUUCAACACUGUCAAAGCUUGUUUUGAACAAUUGAAGAAGAACAAGGGUGCAAUCAUUUUUGUCAGUGCAACCUUGCACUACUAUGGUGUUCCAUACCAAAUUCACGUCGGUGCCGCCAAAGCCGGUGUUGACGCAUUGUCAAACGCCUUGGCCACUGAAUUGGGACCCCUUGGUAUCAGAUCCAACUGUAUCGCACCUGGUCCUAUUGCCGACACUGAGGGUAUGUCCAGAUUGGCCCCUGGUGUUAUUGAUCAAGUUGCUUCAAAGGUUCCAGUUCAAAGGUUGGGAAGCAAACAGGAUAUCGCAGAUGCCACCGUAUACUUGUUCUCACCUGCCGGUAACUUUGUGAAUGGUGAAAUUUUGGUUGUUGAUGGAGGUGCAUGGCACAUUGGACAAGGUAUCGCGGGCGCUGGAUACCCAGUCAAUGUUAAAAGAAACCAGGAAAGUAAGACUUUCAAAUUGUAG